AUGGUUUUUCUCCUAUUGCUCAUCUUUAUUUCUACCGUACUGUCUUCUCAAGAACUGUAUGCACCACCAAUUCUUGUUGGUGGAUCCUAUGUGCUUUCUACAAAUUACGAAGGAGCCAAAAAUUCUUCGACUGGAAUUAAAAGAUUAUUGAAUUCUGAAACUGAGGACACAUGGCAAAACGGCAAAAAAAUCGCGGGAGCCAACAACAAUGUGAAAGAAGUGGAGGACGGUACGGAAAUUUCAAAAAUGCAAUUGUCGGAUUCUGGAAGAUAUUCACGUCAUCCAUCUGAUCCAGUGAAGGAAGCUCUGGAAUGGGUUGUAGUCUCUGUGCAGGAAGGACCAAAACCACCACCACAUACUUAUUGA